AUGCUGUGGCAGCUGGUCUGCAAGCUGUGCUCCGUGGGAAGAUGCGAACUUGGUCCCGUAAUCUGGUCAGACUGCAGCCAAAGGUGCAUGUCUCUGAGUAUCUACUGGAAUGCGGUCUGUGGCUCUUCCGCAAUCUGCGCAACCUUCAAGUGGCCGCUGCUGCUGCCGGAGUAUUGCCUGCGGCUUAUCUGA